AUGGCAAUACAAGCAACAAAAGUUUACUCAACUCAACUCCCUCUCAAACCACUCGUCCCCACUAACUGGAGAAAAGAAAAUCUUUUUGGAAAGCAUUUUGGUGAAAGUGAUUUUUAUUUUUUGCUUUUAUUCGGAAAAUUUUCUGUUUUCCCAAAGAAAAAAAAAACGGAAAAUCAAAAAAAUAUUUCUCAGUUUUAA